ACUUCUUGUUGUAUAGAACUCACCGUCUGUUGAGCAUGGCCGCCUUGGAAACGAAUGACACGGUAGAUAUUGGAAGCCGCAUCGACCUCACGUCGUUAGGCCGCGAUCUCGACCGUUUGACCUUGGCAGCCGAGCCAAGUGAUGCCUUUGCCCCAAAAGACGACGUUGCUCCGCCGCCAUCAGUCCCACUACCGGCACCAUCUUCACAGCUUGUUCGGGAAAUAAAGGAAUCGGGCUGGUCUAUUUUUCGUCCGCUGGCUGAUUUAGGCUACUUUACGUGGCGACCGAGUUCCCGUCGACACAAAUCGUUGCGGGACGUUUCGGCGGAAGAGGUACGCCAGCAGGUGGAUCUGCAAGCUCUACCGGAUCGCUUAGUGGAUGUAUACCGUUUACCACUGCCUGUACCAUUUUUGACCGACAACAACAGCAAAUGCACGUACGUGAACAAGUAUCCACUAGGGCAGUUUGACGUCGCAGGUUUAUAUGCGGCCGCUAGACGUGGUCUACGAUUCCACCAUGAAAAAAUCGAUUUCUGUUUGGGAGGGUCGACUUUAAAUAUGUUGGCAACCCGUGAUGACAGCAGUCCUUAUUUUGCCUGCAUGAUCGCCGGUACGAAGACGAUUCUGGUCUCGAAACAGAAAGAAUACGUCCGGAAUCUAGCCGACGUUGGUUUCCAGUUUGAGCGAUUGGUGACGGGACGUGCGAUGAAUGAUUGGAAUGUCACUACAGUCGUCAAUGGUAACGCUAGCGUGGCGUCGCACAAUCUAGAAUGCCUUGAACAUUUGCACGUGAUGCAGGUGGGAUCGUACCGUGUUCUUUUUCGUGCGGAAACAGAUGCGGUGGAUGAGGAGAACAACCCCGUGGAAAUAAAAGCGUCUCAUCCAAGAUAUUGGAAGAAAGCGACAAUGCUGCAAAUGCUGAGUAGCGGCAGUACUACGCUUUGCCGCGGAGUCAAGGGACGUGGCAGUUUGUCUAGCGUCAACACACAAUCGCUGGUCCAAGUCUCCGCCAAGGCUUUGGGAGAUCGAAGCAGUGGUACCCGAGAGGCACUAGAACGCCUCAUUCUGGAAGGUAUGGCGGCGUUGCGCGAACAACUACAGUGUGCUGGCAAAGUCUAUAAAAUAGUAUUUCCCUUGGCGUCGGUCGGCGGCCGCAACAGCCAUGGUGGUCUUCCCGGAAAGCUCAGGCUGAUUCCGGCUAUUGGACGCCGCGCAAUCGUUUUGCCGAGUGACAAGGUACUACGUGAGCUCUUAGCUGUACCGACGUUGCUUACAAAGCCUUAACUAUUUGUUUCACCGUC